GUUCAGUGCUCGGGCAACUUCCUAGCGCGUCGGUUCAGUUCAGUCCAGUGGAUUCGAGACACGAAAGGACUCAGUACCAAAUUAAGAAUUCUGAAGUUUCGAAAAGCGUUUUUGAGUGGCGCGAAACAGCAAGGAGUGAUAUAAUUACUCUAGCAGAAAGUCAAAAAGCGAGUUUUUGACCAGUGUUGCUUGAUUAUUUUCCAAGUUUUUUUUGAGUGUUGGCCAGUGCUUUGGACCAGUUCGAACUUCGCUCGUUUUUUCGAAAAAGCAUCCCCGCCAAAACUUGCCGAUUAAACACCAGAGAAAUCAUGCCAAUGGAAGCUGGGACAGUAUUAUGAUGAACUUGCUGGUGGUGAAGGAGAGCGGCGAGCGGAUCGCCGACAUCAGCUGCAGCCAGGAGCACAAUACCCAAUCUCUACCGAAACUGUCCCAAGUAGCCAAACAACGCAAGCUGGCGCAGCUGGAGAUUGCACCGGGAUCGGGGCUGGUGGGAUCAGGAACCGGAAACGGAAACGGGACCGGAAUCGGAAUCGGAAGUGGGUGCGGUCCUGCAAUUCGGUGGCAGUUGCUGCUACUGCUCCUGCUCUGUAAUUGCAUUGUGGGCGCCUUCGAGCCGGACUUUGUGAUUCCGCUGGAGAACGUGACCAUCGCCCAAGGUCGGGACGCGACCUUCACGUGCGUGGUGAACAACCUCGGGGGUCAUCGGGUGAGUGGUGACGGUUCGUCAGCCCCAGCCAAGGUCGCCUGGAUUAAGGCCGAUGCCAAGGCAAUUCUGGCCAUUCACGAGCACGUGAUAACCAACAAUGAUCGAUUAUCGGUGCAGCACAAUGACUACAACACAUGGACGCUCAACAUACGCAGCGUCAAAAUGGAGGACGCCGGCAAAUACAUGUGUCAGGUCAACACGGAUCCCAUGAAGAUGCAGACGGCCACCUUGGAAGUGGUCAUACCGCCGGACAUCAUAAACGAAGAGACCUCCGGAGAUAUGAUGGUCCCAGAGGGCGGAUCCGCCAAACUCGUCUGCCGAGCACGUGGUCAUCCCAAGCCGAAGAUCACGUGGCGACGGGAAGAUGGCCGGGAGAUUAUUGCCCGCAACGGCUCGCACCAGAAAACAAAAGCCCAAUCGGUGGAGGGCGAAAUGCUGACGCUGUCGAAGAUCACGCGAUCGGAAAUGGGCGCCUACAUGUGCAUCGCCUCCAACGGAGUGCCGCCGACGGUGAGCAAGCGGAUGAAGCUACAGGUGCACUUUCAUCCGCUGGUGCAAGUGCCAAAUCAAUUGGUCGGCGCCCCGGUCCUUACGGAUGUCACAUUAAUUUGCAAUGUCGAGGCAUCGCCGAAGGCCAUCAAUUAUUGGCAGCGCGAGAAUGGUGAAAUGAUUAUUGCCGGCGAUCGUUACGCGCUCACCGAAAAGGAGAAUAAUAUGUAUGCCAUCGAGAUGAUUCUGCACAUCAAGCGGCUGCAGACAAGCGAUUUCGGUGGCUACAAGUGCAUCUCGAAGAACAGCAUCGGCGACACCGAGGGCACCAUCCGGCUAUAUGAAAUGGAGCGUCCCGGCAAGAAAAUCCUCCGUGACGACGAUCUCAACGAAGUGUCGAAAAACGAGGUGGUGCAGAAGGACACGCGCAGCGAGGAUGGGUCACGCAACCUGAACGGCAGGCUCUACAAGGACCGCGCUCCGGAUCAGCACCCGGCCAGCGGGAGUGACCCGCUCCGCGGAGGAGGGACAAUGCGGCUAAUCGGGACAUUUCUAUUAGCCUUAUUGGUAUUAUUCACGGCGCGGGCCGAGGCCCAGGACGAGGACGAGGACGAGGACGAGGCCGGGCCAACCACAUUGUCCUGCCGCACAAAAGGCGGCAGACAAAAGAAGAAGGCCAAGGAAACGAGCUCGACCGGGCGGCGGGAGAAGUGGAGCAAGUGCUGGGAGAGAUCGGCGCGGAGUUGGAGGCGGUCAGCGCCGCCAGAGUUAGAUUAUUAUAGCUUAAUUCAAUUGUAA